UGGACGGCACGCCGCGGCGGGGUGGGUGCAAGAUGCCGCUGCCGGUUCAGGUGUUUAACUUGCAGCAGCCAGCCAGCUCUGUGUCAGGGUCGGGGGGUGCAGAAAGUCAGGACAGAAUGAGGGAUAGCUCGGCCCCCAGCUCGGCCUCCUCGUCAGUGACAGAUCUGUACUGCACCCCUCACAGCAGUAGGUCAGACCUCCUCCUGCCCGGUACGGCCGGGGACUUCAGCCUGAGCGCCAGCCUGUCGGCCUGUACGCUGCUCUACGAGGGGGCUGUGGAGCCCAUGCAGAUCGACGUGGACCCCCAGGAAGACCCGCAGAAUGCACCCGACGUCAACUACGUGGUGGAGAACCCCAGCCUGGAUCUGGAGCAGUACGCAGCCAGUUACAGCGGCCUGAUGCGCAUCGAACGGCUGCAGUUCAUUGCUGAUCACUGCCCCACGCUGCGGGUGGAGGCCCUGAAGAUGGCCCUGUCCUUCGUGCAGAGAACCUUUAAUGUGGACAUGUAUGAGGAAAUCCACCGCAAGCUCUCAGAGGCCACCAGGUCCUCUCUCAGGGAGCUGCAGAACGCACCCGACGCCAUCCCUGAGAGUGGCGUGGAGCCCCCACCCCUGGAUACGGCCUGGGUGGAGGCCACGCGGAAGAAGGCCCUGCUGAAGCUGGAGAAGCUGGACACGGACCUGAAGAACUACAAAGGCAACUCCAUCAAGGAGAGCAUCCGGCGCGGCCACGACGACCUGGGCGACCACUACCUGGACUGUGGGGACCUCAGCAACGCCCUCAAGUGCUACUCCCGGGCCCGGGACUACUGCACCAGCGCCAAGCACGUCAUCAACAUGUGCCUCAACGUCAUCAAGGUCAGCGUCUACUUACAGAAUUGGUCUCAUGUGCUUAGCUAUGUCAGCAAGGCUGAGUCUACCCCGGAGAUUGCUGAGCAGCGAGGAGAGCGUGACAGCCAGACCCAGGCCAUCCUCACCAAGCUCAAGUGUGCCGCAGGUCUGGCGGAGCUGGCCGCCAGGAAGUACAAGCAGGCUGCCAAGUGCCUCCUGCUGGCUUCCUUUGAUCACUGCGACUUCCCUGAGCUGCUGUCCCCCAGCAACGUGGCCAUCUACGGUGGCCUGUGCGCCUUGGCUACCUUUGACCGGCAGGAGCUGCAGCGCAACGUCAUCUCCAGUAGCUCCUUCAAGUUGUUCUUGGAGCUGGAGCCGCAGGUCCGAGACAUCAUCUUCAAAUUCUACGAGUCCAAGUACGCCUCGUGCCUCAAGAUGCUGGAUGAGAUGAAGGACAACCUGCUCCUGGACAUGUAUUUGGCUCCCCACGUCAGGACCCUGUACACCCAGAUUCGCAACCGUGCCCUCAUCCAGUAUUUCAGCCCCUACGUGUCAGCCGACAUGCAUAGGAUGGCGGCGGCCUUCAACACCACAGUGGCUGCCCUGGAGGACGAGCUGACACAGCUGAUCCUGGAGGGGCUGAUCAGUGCCCGCGUGGACUCGCACAGCAAGAUCCUCUACGCCCGGGAUGUGGAUCAGCGCAGCACCACCUUUGAGAAGUCUCUGCUGAUGGGCAAGGAGUUCCAGCGCCGCGCCAAGGCCAUGAUGCUGCGGGCAGCUGUGCUCCGCAACCAGAUUCACGUCAAGUCCCCGCCCAGAGAAGGGAGCCAGGGGGAGCUGACUCCAGCCAACAGCCAGUCUCGGAUGAGCACCAACAUGUGAGGGGUGGACCUUGGCCUCCAGGACAUCUGCACCCCCUCCCCAUCUCCACGGACCUCCUGACCUCCAGGCGGCUCAGUGCUGCCUGCAGCCCAGCUAAGAGGCCUGGCCACCGGGUGCCCCCCAGCCUGCAUGCCCUUGCUGGGGCUGGGGAGGCAGGCGGCUGCUAGUUGUGGCCCUUCCUGGAAGGAGAGGCCUGCAGGGCUCGACCCUGUGGGUUUCUGUCCCCAGGGAGCAGACUGUGCGGCACCCAGGCGCAGCGGCACCACUUCCCAGACCCCUCCUGUUCCCGCUUUGGUCAGGUGCAGACAAGUGGGCAGUAUCCAUUAAAAAGCAGACUGAGUGUU